CUGUCAUCAAACUACACUCACUUUUUCGUUAGCCUCUCACGGUUCAUCUCCUCCUCCUUGAAAGCCAAUAUAGAUCGAUCCGACGGAGGACGCUCUCUCAAACCUCAGUCUCCGUUGACUACUGACACUCUCCCCGUCUUCUUCUUCUAAUCCCCCCCCCCUGUACGUAUCUACUUCCGAUCUUAAUGAUGGCCCGAUGUCUAGCACGGUUCCUAGUUUCUCUACUCGCCUUAGCAAUUUGCAAUGCUGCUUCGGUUUCUCAUCCCAUUUCAGACUCUCACCGAUCCGCUGCUCUCGAUGUCUUCGUGCCACUCGAUGGAUCCUACAAAAGCUUGGAGGAGGCGUAUGAAGCAUUGAAGAGUUUGGAGAUUCUUGGAAUCGAUAAGAAGUCUGAUCUAAGCUCGGGGACUUGUGAGAAUGUGGUUAAAGUUCUUGCGUCGCCUUCUUCUGCUCUGAAGGAUGUGUUCUAUGCUUUGAGCGUUAAUGGGAUUCUUAAAUGCAAAACUGGAGAAGAUGGUCCUAAGGAUAUUGUCUCUAAACUUCAAGCUGGCGCUAAAGAUGCCAAGUUAUUGCUUGACUUCUACUAUUCUAUCAGAGGCUUGGUGCUUGUUAAGGAGCAAUUUUCUGGAACUGAUCUAACUCUGGGAAAUGCCGAAGCUAUUUUCCGUUCCGUAAAGGCUCUCAGCCAGAGUGAUGGAAGAUGGCGCUACAGCUCCAACAAUGCGGAAUCAAGCACCUUUGCUGCUGGCUUAGCCUUCGAAACUCUUGCUGGAGUGAUUUCAUUAGCACCUUCAGAGAUUGACCAGUCAUUGAUCCAGACAGUGAAGACGGGUAUCCUGAAGCUUUUUGACAGUAUCCAAAAAUAUGACGAUGGGACAUUUUACUUCGAUGGAAGUGAAGGCCCGAUCUCAACAACUGCAUCAGUAAUUAGGGGGCUCACGUCAUUUGCAGCUUCAGAGUCCACAGGAUUGAAUCUUCCAGGUGAUAAGAUAGUUGGGUUGGCCAAGUUCUUUCUUGGUGUUGGAAUUCCUGGUGAUGCUAAAGAUUUCUUCAACCAAAUAGAUGCACUAGCUUGUUUGGAAGACAACAGGUUCUCUGUUCCACUCAUCUUGUCUCUUCCAUCAACUGUAAUUUCAUUGACAAAGAAAGAGCCUCUGAAGGUUAAAGUUAGCACUGUACUCGGUUCUAAGGCACCAGCUCUUAGUGUGAAGCUCGCAAAAGCUCUAAAUUCAAAGGGUUCUUCUGUAAUUAACAACCAGGAGCUGAAGUUUGAUGCGGACAGUGCAACGUACUUCUUGGACUCCUUUCCCAAGAACUUUGAUGUUGGAAAGUAUACUUUUGUAUUUGAGAUUUUGCUCGAUGAGUCGGCAAAUGAAAAAGGUUACAUAACCGAAGCUCAAACAAAAGUGCCUAUAGCCGCCACAGGAGCUAUUGGCAUUGAGAACGCAGAAAUUGCGGUACUUGACAGUGACGUUGGGAGCAUUGAAUCUCAGAAGAAGUAUGCAUCGUUGUACCAUUUGUUGCUUACAAAAUAUGUUUUUUUUGCAACUUUCCUCUUGUGUUGUCAUCAUUUUGUUUCUUGGUUCCCUUUUUGCAACUUUUGCAGGCUAGAUUUAACUAAAGAUGGAGUAGUAUCAUUAUCAGCGAACCAUCUCCAAAAGCUACGUCUGUCGUUCCAGUUAACUACUCCACUUGGCCUUGUGUUUAAGCCACACCAGGCAUUUCUCAAACUGAAACAUGAGUCACAGGUCGAGCAUAUCUUUCUCGUGAAAACUUCUGGAAAGAAGGCUGAAUUAGUUCUAGAUUUUCUUGGAUUGGUUGAGAAGCUCUACUACCUCUCUGGUAAAUAUGAGAUCCAGCUAACUAUUGGAGAUGCUUCUAUGGAGAACUCUCUAUUGAGUAAUAUUGGCCACAUCGAACUAGACCUACCAGAACGUCCAGAGAAGGCGCCUCUUCCUCCUCUACAUCCUACUGACCCUUACUCAAGAUAUGGGCCAAAAGCUGAGAUAUCACACAUCUUCCGUGUUCCUGAAAAGCUUCCCGCGAAGCAGCUUUCAUUAAUUUUCUUGGGUCUUAUAGUUCUCCCAUUCAUCGCUUUCCUGAUCGGGCUGACACGGUUGGGGGUGAACAUAAAGAGCUUCCCAUCAUCGGUUGGAGCGGCAACAUCCGCUUUGCUUUUCCACGGUGGAAUUGGAGCUGUUCUGCUUCUAUACGUGCUAUUCUGGUUGAAGUUGGAUCUGUUCACGACUCUAAAGGCACUAUCUUUGUUGGGAGUGUUUCUGUUGUUCGUUGGACACAGAACACUCUCUAACCUCGCAGCAGCAUCGAACAAGUUGAAAUCUGCUUGAAGAAUAUGUAUUCGCUAUGAUGGAUUCAGUCUGUUCCAUGGAUCAGUUUUUAUUUGCAGUUUUGUAGCAUUACUUUUAUAUAGAUUAAGGUGAUAAGACAAUUCCAAAGGAUUUCAGAGUUUACCAACUCUCAGUUUAGUCUUUAAAGUUAUCAACAAGAAGUCAAGAAGAGUUGCUUUCCGUACC